AUAGUAGAACUGCAGAUAUCAGCUGUGUGGAGAGGAUGAAUGUGGACACAAGGAUGAUGUAGGAGUCGUCUGCUCAGAGUAUAAAGAGAUCAGACUGACUGAGGGCUGUGAGGGGAAUCUGCAGGUGUUCUAUAAUGGAACCUGGGGGAAUGUGUGUAACAAUGGGAUGGAUGUAGAAACAAUUGGUCUCAUCUGUCGGGAGCUGAACUGUGGAAGAUUUAAGACUGAGAGAGCUACCAAAGCACGAGUGGAAUCAGCUCCUAACUGGCUGGAUGAUGUAAAAUGUAGGAAACAUGACUCUACUCUGUUUCACUGUCCAUCUUCAUCCUGGAGUCAGAACAAUUGUGAUAGAAGCAGUGAGGUGACUCACAUUACCUGCUCCGGAGAGAAGAAACAGCUUGCAUUUGAAAACCUUCAAAAAUUCUUCUUAUUUCCAAACCAGGGUCAGUGCUCAAAUUACAUGCCUAUUAGGUUGAGAGGAGGAGAGGAAAUCUGUUCUGGGAGGUUGGAGGUGUAUCAUAAUGCUGAGUGGGGGUCUAUAUGUGCUGAUCUGUGGGACAUCAGGGAUGCUCAGGUGGUCUGCAGGCAGCUGGGUUGUGGGCCGGCGCUGAGUGUUAAUAGAAGAGCUGUUGAUGGUUCUGGUGGAGGAACUAUCUGGAUGAACAGAGUGAAGUGUAGAGGGAAUGAGAUUCACCUGUGGGACUGUCCUCAUUCCCUGAAGAACCACACUGACUGCUCCCACAGUGCUGGAGUCACCUGUGCAGACAUAUUUGUCACAUUACCUUUUUCAUCUGAAACAACUACAACUUACACCACAGUACCAGCACAGCUAACAGAGAAAAAGACAGUCCCUCCUUCAAAAAAUCCAUCAUCUAAUUUUCCAUACAUCUAUCCAGUGUCUCUCCUGGUUCUGGGAUCUGUGCUGUUCCUGGCCUUAGUGCUUCUGGUUGUGCUGUUUUAUCAGAACAGAGUGCUCAGGAGAGUGAUCUCUAAGGCGAGGAGGAAGACUCUGCUUGAGGCAGUCUAUGAAGAGAUUAACCAUAAAUGUGUCACUAACAGAUAUACUAAAAGAGGAAGUUUUAUCUCUGAAGAUCAGCAUUCAGGAUAUGAGGACGUAGAUGAGGAGCUUCUCUCAGAAAACUAUGGCGAGGUCUAUGAUGAUAUCAUACCUGCUGAAGAGAGCCCACACAUUACAACAGACAGUGUGAGGUUGGUGGAUGGUGGUAGCCGCUGUGCUUGGAGAGUGGAAGUUCUUCAUAGAGGACAUUGGGGAACAGUGUGUGAUGAUUACUGGGAUAUGAGAGAUGCUGCAGUGGUGUGUAGAGAGCUGGGCUGUGGGGAAGCCAUAGAUGCACCACGGAGAGCUCGCUUUGGAUCAGGAUCAGGACCGAUCUGGGUGGAAUAUGCUAACUGUGCUGGAUCAGAGUCUUCACUGAAGAACUGUAGGUCGUAUGAUUGGGGUAGACAGAGAUGUAAUCAUGAUGAAGACGCUGGUGCUGUUUGUGCAGAAGUCAGAUUGGUGGGCAGAUCUCGCUGCUCUGGGAGAGUGGAGGUUCUUCAUGGAGAGAGCUGGGUCACAGUGUGUGAUUCUGACUUUGACCAGCAGGAUGCAGAGGUUGUGUGUCGAGAGCUGGGCUGUGGUUCUCCUGUGGAGGUUCUGGGAGCAGCUGCUUUUGGUAGAGGGGAGGGUCAGGUGUGGUCAGAGGAGCUUCAGUGUAGAGGUAACACAUCACAGAUUCACUUCUGUCCAAAAUCAUCUUCACUCAAACACAACUGCUCCCAUGAUGAUGAUGUGGGACUGGUGUGUUCUGAAAGUGUGAGGUUGGUGGAUGGUGGGAGUCGCUGUGCUGGGAGAGUGGAGGUUCUUCAUAAAGGACAGUGGGGAACAGUGUGUGGUGAUGACUGGGAUAUGAUAGAUGCUGCAGUGGUGUGUAGAGAGCUGGGCUGUGGAGAGGCUGUAGAUGCACUUAGUGGUGCUUACUUUGGAUCAGGAUCAGGACCAAUCUGGAUGGAUAAUGUGGAGUGUAGAGAAUCAGAAUCCAUACUAAAGAACUGUAAAUCAGCAGGAUGGGGUAAACAUAACUGUAAUCAUCCUAAAGAUGCUGGAGUCAUCUGUUCAAGAGUCAGGCUGGUUGGAGGUUCUCACUGCUCUGGAAGAGUGGAGGUUCUUCAUGGAGAGAGCUGGGUCACAGUGUGUGAUUCUGACUUUAACCAGCAGGGUGCAGAGGUUGUGUGUCGAGAGCUGGGCUGUGGUUCUCCUGUGGAGGUUCUGGGAGCAGCUGCUUUUGGUAGAGUGGAGGGUCAGGUGUGGUCAGAGAAGCUUCAGUGUAGAAGAACUGAAUCUCAGAUUCACUUCUGUCCAAAAUCAUCUUCACUCAAACACAACUGCUCCCAUGAUAAUGAUGUGGGACUGGCAUGUUCUGGUGACAAGCGAAGACUUGUUGGUGGUCCUCACGCAUGCUCUGGGAGAGUAGAGAAGCUUCAUCGGAAUUCUUGGCUUCCAGUGUGUGAUGCUGACUUUAACCAGCAGGAUGCAGAGGUUGUGUGCAGCUGGGAGCUGGGCUGUGGUUCUCCUGUGGAGGUUCUGGGAGCAGCUGCUUUUGGUAGAGCAGAGGGUCAGAUGUGGUCAGAGGAGCUUCAGUGUAGAGGAAACGAAUCUCAUAUGUACCUCUGCCAGACAUCUCCUUCCUUGAAACCCAACUGCUCUCACAACAAGGAUGUGGGACUAAGAUGCUCUGGUCACACUCAGGCUCGGCUGAUGAACGGCUCAGACUCCUGUUCUGGUCGAGUGGAGCUCCAGUACCUCAGUGAGUGGGGUACAGUGUGUGAUGUAAGCUGGGAUAUGAGAGCUGCCAGUGUCCUCUGUGCUCAGCUGAAGUGUGGGAGUUCUGUGGCUGUGUUGGGGUCAGACUGGUUUGGGGAGGGGAGUGGCCGGAUCUGGGCUGAUGUGUUUGAUUGUCAGGGGAACGAAACACACCUGUUAAAGUGUCCCAUUUCAUCAUGGAGUCGAACUGCAUGCUCUCAUAAACCGGAUGCUGGAGUUAUCUGUAGUGGUUCUUCUCUGGCGUCUCAUGAGGGUGUAGUGAGAUUGUCUGGAGGGAUGGAGUGUGAGGGGGAGGUGGAGGUGUUCUUCAGGCAGGACUGGAGGAGAGUUCUGCUGGACUCCUGGAGUGAGUCUGAGGCCUCUGUGGUCUGCAGACAGCUGGGCUGUGGUUCUGUACUCAACAUCUCCAGCUCCUCUUCAUCCAGUCCUGAACACAGCUACAUGUGUGUGACGGGUUUCAACUGCUCUGGGAGUGAAGCUCAUCUGAGGAACUGCAGCAGCUCACAAGCAGUUAACUGCAGCUCCACAGUACAGCUCUACAUCACCUGCUCUGGUACAUCUAACACAGUCCACAGCUCCAUCAGGCUGGUUGGUUCUGGGGGAGACUGUGCAGGAAGGCUGGAGGUUUUCCACAGUGGAUCAUGGGGGACAGUGAGUGAUGAAUUGUGGGAUAUUGAGGAUGCACAGGUGGUCUGCAGACGGCUGCAGUGUGGAGUCGCCCUCAGUGCUCCAGUACCGGUACCAGCCCGGUUUGGAUCUGGAACUGGACCCAUUUGGCUGAAUGAGGUGGAGUGUGAGGGGAACGAGGCGUCUCUGUGGAACUGCAGAUAUCAGCUGUGUGGAGAGGAUGAAUGUGGACACAAGGAUGAUGUAGGAGUCGUGUGCUCAGAGUAUAAAGAGAUCAGACUGACUGAGGGCUGUGAGGGGAAUCUGGAGGUGUACUAUAAUGGAACCUGGGGGAAUGUGUGUGUAAAUGGGAUGACUGAUGAAACGGCAAAAUUGAUCUGUCGAGAGCUGAACUGUGGAAGAACUGGCAGUGAGUCUUGGUCUAAAGCAAGAGUGGAAUCAGCUCCUAACUGGCUGGAUAAUGUAAAAUGUAGGAAACAUGACUCCACUCUGUGGCACUGUCCAUCUUCAUCCUGGGGGGAGAACAGGUGUGAUAAUCGCAAUGAGGUUGCUUGCAUUACCUGCUCAGAGAAUGGAAAUACACUAGAUUUGACAAAUUGGCUGUGUGAUUCAUCUCCUCAUGAGAGACCGUGCUCAAAGCACAUUCCUCUGAGGCUGAGGGGAGGAGUAGGAAGCUGUUCUGGAUGGCUGCAGGUGUAUCAUAAUAAAACAUGGGGGUCUGUAUGUGGUGACCUCUGGGACAUCAGGGAUGCUCAGGUGAUCUGCAGGCAGCUGGGUUGUGGGCUGGCGCUGAGUGCUAAUAGAAGAGCUGUUGAUGGUUCUGGUGGAGGAACUAUCUGGAUGAACAGAGUGAAGUGUAGAGGGAAUGAGAUUCACCUGUGGGACUGUCCUCAUUCCCUGAAGAACCACACUGACUGCUCCCACAGUGCUGGAGUCACUUGUGGAGGCUUCCUGUAUCAUACUUUGCCUUUAAAUAAUAAAAGAGGACAGAUGGGACAUUUUGUCUUGCAAGAUUCUCAACCACAGACAAGAAGAAUCAUACUUCCACAAACUCCUCCACCAGCUGUUCCCUCCAUCUAUCCAGUGUCUCUCCUGGUUCUGGGAUCUGUGCUCUUCCUGGCCUUAGUGCUUCUGGUUGUGCUGUUUUAUCAGAACAGAGUGCUCAGGAGAGUGAUCUCUAAGAGGAGGAAGACUUCAGCUGAGCCUGUCUAUGAGGAGAUUGACACCAGGCUCAUCCCUAAAAGAAUUACUGUCUCAACUGAAAGUAAAGCAGAUAAUGAGGAAAUGCAGUUAAGUUAUGAUGUCAUUUUUGCUGGACAAACACCUGACAGUGCAGCAGAGGAAGAACCAGAUAAUUACGAUGAUGUUAUUGUGGAACAAAACUCAAACAUUGUGAUGGAAAACAUGCUGGAGAUCUACGAUGAUGUCAUGGAGGUCACUGCUGGACACAUUGCGGCAGUGAAAGUGCCACCUACAUCUCUUCAUUGGACAGGCUAUAUAUUUUUAGAGUCCAGCUGCUCUGAUCUACAGACAUGAAUAUCACGACAGUCCUUGUGAAAAGGAAGAAUACUUAAAUUAGGGUGGUGAGCUUCCUGAGGGCUUUGAGGAUAGUUAUCCUGGUGCGUGUCUUUCGUCUGGCCUCUCAGAAGAAAGAUCUGGAGAAGGUCACUAGAAGAAAGGUAUCUGAGAACAAAAGGCGGUAACAAAAAGGAUGGAUUUGAAUUGGAUCUCACCUAUGUCACAGGCACUCUACAGAAAUCCCAUAAAAGAAGCUGCCAUAUUUCUGGACACAAAGCAUCCCGAUCAUUACAGAGUUUACAAUCUCUGCAGUCAAAAAGGCUACGAUCCACUGUUCUUCCAUUACAGAGUGCAACGAGUGAUGAUUGACGACCAUAACGUACCGUCAUUAGACCAACCCACUCGUUAGGACUCCCCCUAUCACUAGUAAUGCCCCAACACACCAGGAGGAUGAAGACUAGCACACUCUUUCUCCGAUACAUGUGAAGUCAGCCACCGCUUCUUUUCGAGCUGCUGCUGAUGCAGCAUUGCCAAGCAGCCAGCACAUUUGGAGGAAAGCGCAGCGGCAGCCCGAGGAACCUGAGGAAAGUGGUGGGAAAUCUCGAGCCAGGUCAGACCUUGGGUUGGGUUUGGGCAGAGAACCUAAGCUCUUAUUCACAUAUUGAACUUUGUGUUCUUGUGUUCUCAGUGACAUGUUGAACUACACUGCCAGUUUGAGGGAAUGUCAUUGCCAUCCACUGCAAAGGAGGCAAAGGUGUGGGAAAGGGCAAUGGCAGUGAUCUGAAGGUGCGGAUCAUAGUGAAAAGAGAGCAGGUGUUCCAGUGUGUCUGUGCCACGCAGACGAACUGUAGGCCAUGACAGCUCUGACCAACAACCAAAGAGAUUACAAAGAUUGUUGUGACUCAUUUUGCUGUUCCCAGAUACUGAAAACAAUGCCGUGGUGAUCAGCUUUCAGGAAGGGCCAGUGGUUUGUGGUGAUGUUAAAGUCAUGUUUGAAUCCAGGGCUGGUCUUCCAAAGGGGUAUGAGGACUAUCCUUUCUAUUUCUGGUUCAACACUUCAUUUGUAGAGAACAACAGGCUCUAUCUGUCAAGGGAGGAACUGGACAACCCACGUAAGUCCAAAACCUGGGACAUCUACAAGGAGGACUUUGGUGUGACCGUGUCUUUCAGUGACCCUGCACUUAUGUAGCAGACAACACUUGCUUGUGUAUCUCAACUAAAACCCUUAAGCCCUGCACAAGGUCUAAAUAUUUGCUCUAAUGUAGGUUUUCACACACUUAUAAAAGGUGAGUGAUGUUUAGGGAUUGGAUUCGGGCAUAUUGUGCCCCUAAAGCUAUAGCUAUAGCUAUAUAACCUCAACUUUAUGUCCAUCCCCCAUCUUCACUGUAAGAGCUUUUUACUGAGCCGUGCAUACAUCACAAUAUUAUGCAUUUGUUUGUCAAAUGUUUUUUUGUCUUUAAAUGAAGACAAAUGUUUGUGUCAGUUUAGCAUAUUAUGCUUCCAAAAUGUAAAUCUUACUCUUUAAGCUUGAGUGUACAUCAAAUAAAGCAAUCGAGGCUGCCACUGUGAAAUGGUCAAUGGUUAUGUGUGCAGAAACAUUUUUUUGUAGUACACAUGUAUUGAAAUAAAUACUAAUGUCUCUGUAA